AUGAGUCUCGCGCGGCGCGCGCUGCCGGCGCAUGGGCUGCUGGAUCUUCGGCGAGGCACACGGCGGCCCCUGUGCGGCGGCAACGACGGCGGGUGGAUCUUCGGCCACUUGCUCGACGGCGCCGGCGGGUCGCGGCCGCUCGCGCCCUGGGACGACGGCGCCGUGCGCCGCGCGCGCGAGGGCGACGGCAGCUGGGUCCACCUCGACCUGCGCGCGCCGAAGGCCCAGGACUUCAUCGCGAGCUGCGCGCGAGCCAAGGGCCGCGACGACGAGAUCUGCCGCCGGACGCACCCGCGGUGCGAGGUGUCGUCGGCCUGCGCGGGCAUGAUGCUGACGCUGCGGGCGAACUUCGGGAAGCGCUUCGAGGCCCACGCGGUGGAGUCGAAGAACGUCGUGCCCUUCCGCAUGUGGCUCGGGCGCGGCAUCAUCGUCACCGCGCGGGGCGCCGCGCCCGACGAGGGCAGCCUGCGCAUGCCCGCGCUGAGCCGGCGGCUCGACGCGGGCGCGGGGCCCCGGUCCUGCGGCGCGCUCGCGUCCGCGGUCAUCUCGGAGAUCACGUCGAUCACGGCCGACUCCGUCGAGGCGCUCGAGGACGAGAUCUUCGAGCUCAAGGCGCGGCUCCAGCACGAGGCGCUCCUCGCGGGCGCGCACCGGCCCGUGGGGCCCGACGCGCUGCAGGCGAUCCGCCGCGAGCUCAUGCCGCUGCGCUACGCGGCGAUCACGAUGCGGCGCCACGAGGUGCCCGAGCUCGCGGCGCUCCAGACCGUCGUGCGCCUGAGCGGCCGGCCCCAGCAGCGGCUCUUCGCCGACGCGGACAGCUACGAGCUCCGCGAGGCCGAGGCGCGGCAGGAGGCGCUCGUCGAGAGCCUGCACGCGACGAUCGCGGCGGGCGAGGCGCUCCAGAACGAGGUCGGGGCCCACGCGGCCUGGCAGCAGUCCACCUACUCGGCGCAGCUGACGACGCUGGGCUGCGUCCUGAGCGUUUUAGGCCUCUGCUCCGUGUCCUUCGACGCGCUCGCCUUCGUCCAGGGCCUCCAGGGCGACGGCGGCGCGAUCGCCGCCGCGCCUACGCCCGGGCCGACGCCGAAGGAGCCCGCGGCGAGGCUCGGCGGCUUCGGGCCCCGGCCCGGCCGGAAGGGCAUGGGCGUCGGCCGCGCCUCCUCCGUGAGCACCUUGGGCGCGCCGCGCGUGUCCCGGAAGACGAACGCGGGGCUCGGCUUCACCGUGAACGUGUUCACCGGCGGCGGCUCGCGGCGCGCGACGCGGCCCUCCUUGCCGUGGACCUGGCUCAUGAACUUGGACUUGCGCGUGUCCGUGAAGCGCCGGUCGCCGGACGUGUCCGGCAUGCUGCUGAAGAAGGGCAGCUCGAUGAGGCUGUGGCUGCUCAUGGCGCUGAUCAUGCGCUGGUCCAUCUCCGUGGGCGCCAGCGGCGCCAUCCCGGCGCCCCGCUCCGCCGGCGCGACGUGCGCCCCCGGCGCCAUGGACGUCCUCGUGAGCCCGGCGACGCUCGUCGUGCGGAGCGUGGACCAGGGCGCGGCGGCCCUCGAGUCGCUCGCCGCCCGGGGCGAGGCCCUCGACGCCAAGGCCCUGCGCAAGACCGCGAACCGCCUCGAGGCGCUCUGCGCCAAGGCCGAGGCCGAGUCCCGCGGCGGCGGCUCCUUCGCGGCCCUCGGGAAGAGCAGCGAGAACGAGCCCAGCGAGGACUCGGCGGCGGACAAGCGGAGCCUCCUGAGCCGGGGCAACUCGCAUCAGUCCAUGGGGAGCACGGGCAGCCGCGACAGCGCGGGCAAGAGCGGCGACCCGCAGGCGGCCGAGGCCGUGCAGCGCGCCCUCAGCGGCCUCGCGCCCCUGCCCGGGGACAAGGUCCAGGAGGCCGCGUCCGGCGAGGCGCUCAACGGCGACGCCCAGCUCCUCGCGCCGGGCGCGACGGAGUCGCGCGGCCGCCGCGACACGACGGAGUCCGUCCGGUUCUCCCUCGAGUCCAAGCUCUGCCUCUUCAACACGGAGCUCGCGACGCACGCGCGGCGCAUGUCCGCCGCCAUCCCCGUCGUCGCCCCGACGUCGAGCUUCUGGAUGAUCAACCCCCAGGGCGCCUUCCGCAUCAUCUGGGACAUCAUCACGGCGCUCUUUCUCGUCUACGUCGCGUUCUGGGAGCCCUACCGGCUCGGCUACGUGCCGGCGAACGCGAAGCUGCCGGAGUCGCACCGCGUCUGGGAGGCGCUCCUCGAUGGCUUCUUCGUGCUGGACCUCGCGGUGAACCUGAAGACGGGCUUCGUGACGUCCGACGGCGAGGUCGUCAUGGGCGCGAAGCGGGCCGCGACGCACUACCUCUGCUCCUGGUUCCCCAUCGACUUCGUGUCGUCCAUGCCGCCGGUGCUCGAGUACUGUUUGGGCUGGGCCGCGCGGCCGGGGCUCAUGCUGACGCCGUGGGUGAACCCGGGCGGCGGCGGCGGCGGCGGCGGCGCGAGCUCGCUGCGGGCGGCGAAGCUCCUCAAGAUCGGCCGCGUCUUCAAGAUCUUUAAAGUGUUCCGCAUCGCCAAGAUCCUCAAGAUCUCGAGCGACUCGCAGAUCGGCGAGCUCAUCGACGACUUUUUGAUGUCGUCCGCGUCGAAGACGGCGAUGAAGCUCAUCAACAUCGUCGGCUUCACGGCCAUCUUCGCCCACUUCCUCUCCUGCUUCUUCGCCGCCUGCGGCGGCAUGACCAUGGCCAAGUACCACCCCAUCGAGGGCCACCCGGCGGCCAAGGACUGGGCGACGAUCCGGAAAUACCUCUUGGGCCUCUACUGGGCCAUCACGACGAUCUCGACCGUGGGCUACGGCGACGUCAUCCCCAAGUCCGACAGUGAGCGCGCCUACACGAUCCUGGCCAUGGUCGUCGGCAGCGGGUUCUACGGCUACGUCGUCGCGCAGGCCGCGAGUAUCAUCUCGUGCGCGGACGCGGACUCGGCCAAGUACUACGAGAAGAUGGACUCGGUCGCCGUCUGGAUGAAGCACCACCGCUUCCCGAGCCGCAUCCGCCGCGAGGUGCGGCGCUACUACCGCGCGUACUACAGUCAACGGCUCGCGAUCGACGAGGAGGCCAUCUUCGAGGACCUGUCGACGGACCUCCAGCAGAACAUCGCCGAGUUCCUGCUCCACGAGGUCGUCAUCGGCCACAGCCUCUUCGCGUCCCUGCCCGAGGGCCUCGUGUCCAAGUUCGUGACGCUCGUGCGGCUCACGCGCGCCGUCGACGGCGACCGCAUCAUCGUCCAGGGCGAGGAGUCGCACUCCAUGUUCAUCAUCCUUUCAGGCGAGGCGACGGUGAUCAUCGACGACGACGAGGCGAUGACGCGCUGCAUGGCGCCGUUGGUCGAGGGCGACUCCUUCGGGGAGCUCGCGGCGCUCGGCAUCGACGUCGUCUCCGACUGCACGGUGAGCGCCGUCGGCGACGUCGAGCUCUACGUGCUCAACUACGCGGACAUGCUCGCGGCCUUUGGGGGCUGCGGCGUCGACAUCCUCGAGGACGUCAAGGAGAACGUCGUCGCCAUCCACCGGCGGCAGAUCGCCGCGUGGUCGACGGCGCCGGAGCCCAAGGCGCCCGAGCCGGAGAAGGCCGCCAAGGCCCUCGAGCCCGAGCCGGCGUCCGCCGCAUCGGAGCCCGCGGCCGGCGACGGGUCGCCGCCGUCGCCGAAGAAGCGGUCGUCGUUCCUCGCGGCCGCGUCGGCCGUCCGGGCCAUGGGCAAGCUCGAGGCGACGCGGCGCCUGUCGAACCCGCCGCUCGCGACGAUCCCCUCGACGCCGACGAGCUCGUCGCCCGUGGCGCGCCCCUUCUCCUCGGGCGAGACGCCGCUCCUCGCCGACGCCGACGGCGUCGAGCUCGCGCCGCUCGACGGGAGCGAGGUCAAGGACAGCGGGCUCUCGCCGCUCAGCGACGCCCGCGGCCGCGGCGCGGGCCGCGGCGGGUCCCAGAACACGUCCCAGUCGUCCUUGAAGUUGCCGUCGAGCGUGACGACGUUCUCGAAGUGGGGCGUCCGCGUGAACUGGUCGCCGUCCGACGGCACGACGAAGCGCGGCACGCCGCGCCGCGCGAGGUGGCCCGAGAUCCAGACGUCGUCCAUGAUCGUCGCGCCCGGCGGCGCGGCGUCCAUGGUGCCGGACCGCGUCACGGGCCAGCCCGUCGACGACAGCGUCGCGUCCGGGAACCGCGCGGACCAGCUCGCCAAACGCUUCGCCCAGCCGACGGACGACGACGACGCGCCGGCGCUGCCGUCGGCGGGAUCCAUCGCGCUCUUCGGCGUCGUGCCGGCGCUGUCGGCCGCGUUCCCCGUGCUCCUGUCGCAGAAGCUGCUGCUGCCGCUGCUGCUCUACAAGCGGCUCUACAUCUACGGCGCCGCGGCCGUCGUCGUCGCCGUCGGCGGCGCGCGCGGCGCCGGGGACCCGGCGGGCCUCGGCACGCGCGUCGAGGCGCUCACGGCGGCGCUGCUGCCCGCGCCGCCCGCCGAGGCGGAGCGGCAGAGGGACACGCUCCGCGAGCUGCGGAAGCUCGACGACGUCGACGAGAACGCGCAGGCCGUCGCCCUGCCCGUCGUCGUCGCGUCGUCGCUCGUCUUCUCGCUCGCGCUGCUCCGCUUCGCGGGCGGCGCCGCGGACGCCGGCGACGCCGCGGCGGUGGACGCCGCGGGCGCCGUACAGUCGUUCAUGGCGCUCUCGAACGCCCUCGCCCUCGCCGCCUUCGCGCGACUGGAGGCCGCGACGGCCUGCGCGUUCCUCGGCGGCGGCGCCGCGGACGCCGCGGGCGCCGCCGUCGCGGUCGGCCUCGUCGCCGCGGCCUACGGCCUCCCCUCGGCGGAGAGCUGGCCCGCGCAGAACUGCCUCUGCAUGUGCCUCGCGGUGGGCGUCGCGCGCGCGCUCCACGUGCCGCGGCUCGGCCCGCUCCUCCUCGCGGCCGCGGGCCUCGCGGCCUACGACGCGCUCGCGGUCUUUCCCAGUUUGGCGAACGCGGCGCCCGUCGACGCGUCGCCGAUGGGCGCCGUCGCCGCGUCCAAGGUCUUCGGCGACGCCUUCGUGCCGGGGGCGCUGACCGUGCGCAUCGGCGGCCGCGUGUCGGACGUGCUGGGGCUCGGCGACUGCGUCUUCCCGGCGCUCGUCGCGGGCUUCGCGAAGCGCUACGACGCCGCGGGCGGCGCCGCGGCCUACUUCCCGGCGGCCCUCGCGGGCUUCGGGGUCGGCUGCGUCGCCUGCGAGUUCGCGCCGGGCAUCAACGCGGGCGGCGUGCCCGCGCUCGUCGUGCUGCUGCCGGCGAUGAUCGCGGCCGUGCUCGCAACGGGCGCCGCGCGCGGCGAGCUCCCCGACCUCUUCGCCUUCGCGCCGGAGGAUGGGGCUUAA